CCUUUCGUUUCAGGAUGUUGAGCAUAACAGUUGCUUUACUAGCCGUUGUUAUAGCAUUAUGGUUAACAUGGAGGAGAAGAAACUUUACGUAUUUUAAAAGACACAACAUACCGGGACCACCUCCGAGUCUGCUAUUUGGAAACUUUGUGGAAAUACUUAAAAAGGGUCAACUUCAAUGUCAGAAAGAAUGGAUUGAGAAAUACGGAAGAGUUUUAGGGUAUUACUUCGGAAUUCAACCGAUACUUCUAAUAGCAGAACCGGAUCUUCUUCGUCAAAUACAGCAAAAAGAUUUUCACAAAUUUGUAAAUAGACCUCGUAUAUUUGAUAUUUCAAGAGCAGCAGCUGAGUAUAACGAGGAGUCGCUGACUCAGAUAAGGAGUAAAAAAUGGAAGGAGGUACGAAGCAUUAUCACUCCUACUUUUACUACUUCCAAGCUCAAAACGAUGAAUCCAAUCAUACGAAAAACUGUGGAUGAACUCAUGGAAGCCGUUGAUAAGAAAGCUAGUGAAGGAAAUGUCUUCAACAUUUAUCCUCUUUACCAGAAUUUGACAAUGGAUGCCAUAUCUAGAACAUCCCUCGGAAUUCAUACGAAUGCUCAAACAAAUCCAGAGGAGCCAUUUGUAAGAAUGGGAAGAGCAUUUUUCUCUCUGAAUAUGAGCUCCCUUUUUCUUAUUUCAUUCUGUUUUCCUGAACUGGCAUGGCUAGCUGCAAUGUGGCGAAAGCUUCUUCUUUCAUUUCGUAACCAAGGGACGUAUCCUAGAAAAGAACUAAGAGAUGUUGCUUACGGAGUGAUUCAAGCAAGGAAAAGUGAUCCAAUGUUGCGUCGAAGUGAUCUUUUGCAACUGAUGAUCGAUGCUAAAACAAAUGAGACGAGCGUAAGUGAUAAAGACUUAACUGCCGCAGACGAUGACCAAGCCUCAGAAGAUGUGUCUUCAGGCGGUGACUCCAGAAAUGCUCUUAAAAUGACAGAUGAAGAAGUUGCUCAAAAUUCUGCUUUGUUUCUCCUGGCUGGCUAUGAAACCACUAGCACAGCACUCGCAUUUACUACACAUUUGCUCGCCCAUCAUCCCGAAGUUCAAGAAAAAAUCCGUUCUGAACUGAAUGAAUACAUACAAGGGUCUGAGGAAGGACUCACCUACGAGAUACUGAACAAACUUCAAUAUUUAGAUCAAGUCCUCAGCGAAUCCUUACGAUUAUACCCGCCUAUUAUAUUCUUUGUGAAUCGUGAGGCCUCGACAGAUGUCGUUUACGGAAAACUCAAAAUUCCAAAAGGAGCAAGUAUUCAAGUACCAGUUUAUUUUCUGCAUCAUGAUCCCACAUUUUGGAAUAAUCCGGAGGAAUUUAAUCCAGACAGGUUUUCCCCCGAAAACAAGAAAAAACACGAUUCCAUGGUGUUUCAACCAUUUGGUGCUGGCCCACGCAACUGCGUCGGUAUGAGAUUUGCUAGAAUGGAAGCUAAAAUGGCUUUAGCAAAGUUGUUACAAAAAUAUAAGCUUUCUCCAAAGCCUGGCAGCAGAGAAACAAAUUUGGACUUAUCUUACACUACUGCUACUUUGCGACCCGGGAAAGGAGUUUAUGUUCAAGUGGAAAGGGAGUAAAGAUAAAAUGAUGUCACAUCGCAUAACCUCAUUGAUAAAAAACUUACAGCCAUUGAACAAAAAGACAGUGUUAAAUAUGAGAUUUGAGAUUAAUUGCUUUUCAGUUAUUUUUGAACAGUAUAUACUAAAGUAGCACAACAUUCUAUCAUUUAAUUCCAUUUUUAACAGACAUACUAGAUUUUAAAUGAAAAAUAUAAGCUUUGUGUUACAAUAUGAUUAAAAGUCAAAAACCAACGCAAAUAAAGCUCAAAUAAAAAUUUUCUUCCCAAUUAGUGCUUUAUUUACGUUGGUUUUUCACUUUUAAUCAUAAUAGAUUUUGCUACAUGCCAUACCAGUGACAGCACUGAAAACUCAAGUGAAGCAUAAAACGUACUGUACUUUCAUGUACAUCCAAAACGGACUUCUUUAUUUAUAAAUAACCGUGUUUAAAAGCAUGUCACUUUCAAAAGCUCUGUAAUCAAAAAUGCAAUCUUUUUUCUUGUGUAACGUAAAUAGCAAAUAAAGAUUAU